GUAUGCCAACCAGUGUUGGUGCAAACUAACUCGUCACUUCCCUGAAAUGGCUGUGUACUUGCGAAGUAACCGCGGUGGGCUGAAACUUCUGCACGAAGGCUUCGAGUAUGACAAGGAACGUUGCUUCAAAGAAAAGACAUACUGGCAAUGUAGCCGGAAACUGGAGUGUAAAGCAAGGGCUCACACUAUUGACGAAGAAGUUGUCAAGCUGAUCAACGAACACAGCCAUGCUCCCAGCCGACUGGACCAAGAGGCCAAGUUGGCGUACUCAUCAAUGAAGGAAAGAGCACGGACGACUGAGGAACCCAAUCAAGCCAUCGUCGGACGCCUGGUGGCCGAGAUGACACCGGAAGCUUGCAGUUACUUACCGCCUCAGGACACUGUUAAGAGAACAUUAAGGAGGGCGCGGGCGAUGGAGCAACGGCCGAUGCCUCUCCCUUCACGCUUAGAAGACGUCGUCAUCCCUGCGCAGUACGCGUCGAAGAUUGACGGGUCCAGAUUCCUGUUGCAUGACUCCGGUGUGCAAGACCAGGACCGUUUCCUUAUCUUCUGCAGCCCGCAGAUGGUGGAUGUUCUCCGAACAUCUAAGAAGUGGUUCGCCGACGGGACGUUCAAGGUUGCGCCUGAGUUGUUUUACCAGGUUUACAGUCUACACUGCGAAGUGGGCGGCUCCAUCCUGCCUGCGGCAUACAUUUUGCUAACGCGGAAAGACUGUGGGACGUACACGCGAGCCCUGAACACCCUUAACGCCGAGUGUGGGGGAGAUUGCGAGCCAAGGACCGUCACAGUGGAUUACGAACUGGCGGCUAUCAACGCUUUCAGGGCGGUCUUCCCAAGCGCCGACGUGCGCGGGUGUUUUUUUCACCUGUCGCAAUGUGUCUACCGCAGACUUCAGUCGGAAGGACUACAGGAGCUGUAUGCUUUUGACCCCGACAUAAACCUGGAAGCUCGCAUGAUCCCAGCUCUUGCAAUUGUGCCCCAGGACGACGUGGAGGGGGCAUUCACCGAGCUUGCGUCCAGCAUCCGCGCAGAACUUCUCCCGGUGGUCGACUACUUCGAGGAUGUGUUUAUUGGGCGGCUAACGGCACGGGGCAGAAGAGAUGCGCAGUUUCCAAUUAAGCUAUGGAACCACCACGACACCGUUCUCCAGGGCGGCUCCAAGACCACGAACUCAGUGGAAGCCUGGCACCGGAGCUUCCAAGCUCAUGUUCAGUGCUCGCACCCAACUCUCUGGAGAUUCUUGGAGGUGCUACAACGAGAAGACGCCCUGCAACUUCACCGGCUUGGAAGACUCGAGAUGGGCCAGCGCUUCAAGCAGGCCUCGAAAUACGCGAAGGCUGCAGAACGGUUAAAGACACUUGCUAGAGAAUGCGACGCUAGUGAUGUGCGACGCUUCCUUAGGGGAGUUGCCCGCAACGUGUCGUUCUAGGUCCCGGGCCAUGUGCCUUUUGUAAAUAAAAGUGGUCCACAUUACAUUUUGUGUACUAUUUUGCUUCUGAAUGCAUUUGGCUUCGGACUUUUGCUUGAUAAUGAAACCCACGACUAACCUAUGAUGUGUAUCUUUACCUGUUUCUAUAGUAUU